CAGCUCACUCCGGACCGCUGCGCUGACUGCUCUCCCCUCACCCUGGUUCAUCCAAGUGACGCUCAGCAUGCGCCAUCUCCAUCCCGAUUGUUGGGUGAAAAAGUGGGCAGUUCAGGGUUUCAUAUCUGGCGUCACUUUCUCCAAACUCCCUCUUUUCUCCCCGAGCCUCUGAGUGUGCCGGUCCCAGCCACCGUUUACCUGCGCAGAGCAUCCAGAGCCGCUUUUCCCGUGACAGGACAGUCGCACUGCAGCACGCUGACAGGCGCUCACGGAAAAUACUCUUUACAGCAAAGAAGUGCAACCUGCAUCAGCUGAGAUGCUGCUGAGAGUCAUCCGACAUGUGCAGAUACUUCCACUUCUUUAUGCAGUCUGCCAUCUCACACUGGCCUUUCCCACCCAAACUCUACGGUACACAUACGAUGAGGUGGAGCAGCUCCACGUGAGCAUCCCCCACUCAGGACCAGUUGUUGCUCCACUGAGCAGCUCCAUUUCCAUCCCUUGUGUGGUGUCUCUGUCCCCCAUCUCCAACUCCACCUCCGCGACGCCUGUUGUACCGAGGGUCAAGUGGUCAGUCAUAUCAAGGGGGGUUGAAACGCAGAUCUUAGUGGUACGGGGUCACAAGGUGAAGGUCAAUGAAGCGUACCGAGACCGAGCGGCGUUGCUCAACUACACCUCCUUCCCUGAUGAUGCGUCACUUUGGUUGGGAGAUCUGCGCUCCAGCGACUCGGCUCACUACCGCUGCGAGGUGCAGCAGGGCCUGGAGGACGCCAGUGACCUCGUGGAGCUCAAGGUCAAAGGUGUUGUGUUCCACUACAGAGAUGCUUUGGGUCGGUAUGCCUUCACCUUCCAUCAGGCCCAGAGGGCUUGUGAGGCCAUCGGGGCACGAAUCGCCACCGCCGACCAGCUGCUUGCAUCUUAUUACGACGGAUAUGAGCAGUGUGACGCGGGCUGGCUCGCAGACCAGUCUGUCAGGUAUCCAAUCCAAGUGCCUCGUGAAGCCUGCUAUGGAGACAUGGAUGGGCAACCAGGAGUGAGAAACUAUGGGACAAUGGAUCCAGAUGAUCUGUUCGAUGUUUAUUGUUAUGUAGACGAAAUUAAUGGGGAGGUUUUCCAUGACUUCAUCCCACAGCAAUUAACAUUUAAUGAAGCGCAGUCGUACUGCAGAGCUGCAGGGGCAGAGCUGGCUACAACAGCACAGCUUUACUUGGCUUGGAGUGAAGGACUGGACCAUUGCAGCCCUGGCUGGCUGUCUGAUGGCAGCGUACGGUACCCCAUCAUAACCCCAAGGGAACGCUGUGGGGGUGCUCUGCCUGGCGUCAAAACUCUCUACCAAUUCAGCAACCAGACUGGCUUCCCAGAGCCAUCCAGCCUUCAUGAUGUUUACUGUUUCAAAGAAAACAGAAAUGCUUCCACUGACUCUCCGAUGGAUUAUGUGGGCACAGAACCUGAAGACAUUGAACACAAUGUUGUUAUUCUUACGGAAAAAUAUCAAGAAAUUCAGUUGAACCAACUAGCAGAACAAGUGGAGCGAGAGGCCCAGAGCAUGCUUGAAUCAUUGCCUUAUUUUACUGUCUCUGUAACUACAGAAAGCCCGGUUGAUACACACCCAAUGCUGAUAUCAGACACAACAGAGUCUCCCCUCCACACAACGCCUACACUACACGAGCCGCUCGACCAAACUUUAUCUCCCACAGAAAUGAGCUACGAUUCCCAGCAUCCUACAGCACUGAUGAGCAGCACUAUCACAGAAACCCACAAUUCAGCAGAGAACACAUCAUUUCUGCCCACUGAUUACAAUGAAACAUAUUCCAGCCAGAACUCGAGUCUCACCUUUCAGCAGUCUGAAAGACCCACAUUUGAGCCUGAGAUGCAGAACCAGACAGAGCCAGACACAAAUAUUGAAGUAAACACAGAGCCAUCUGGAACUCUGAAUGAGACCAAAGAAGUACAACAGACCACCCUGUCUUUUAACAAAUCAGAACCCAACUACAGUGAGACCGACAGCAACCGUUCUAAAGAGGACAGUUUAUUGGAGGCUACUACUUUAACCCUUAACCCCAUGGUUGAAGUGGAGCUGGAGGAGACCCGUGUAGACCCUGAGCAGAUGUUUCCCCCAACUGAGGCCUCAAAAGAAGAAGAAGAAGAGGCAACACUUCUUACACAAUUAUCCCAAACUACUGAAUCUACUCCGGAGGUGCUAACCUCAGUGUGGGCUCCUUUGGAUGGUUCUGGAGAUAUUUCUGAAGAAAGCAAACUCGAUAUGAGUCCAGCCAGUUUCAUCUCCACAUCAGAUUCCUCAACUUCUGGCUUCACCACUCACCCAUCUCCCAUUGCUUCUGCCAGCAGCACCCAUGCUGAACCUCAGACAGUGGUUCCACAUUUGACAGCCUCAUCUCAGUCACCCCUUUCUGACAAACUGGGCUUGGAUAUUCUUUCUACAGCCUCACAGCUGUGGGAGUCCCCCAACUCUAAACAGGAGGGAAGUGCAAGCUUAGAAAUUGAAGACACGCUCAGUUUGGAAAAUGAGGAUAAAAUGCUGCCCACAGCAAAAUCUGAAGACCUGCAAGUGUCUGGAGCAAGUUCAGUUACCACUCGCUCUCCAGACAUCUCAAACACUUCUCACUCAUCCACCAGUUCGCCCACAGCACUAUAUCUAACAUCAGGCUACAGAAUGUAUUUGGAUACUGUGACCGAUACUUAUGAAGAAGCAAGUGGUCAUGUACCUGAUACACUUAGGACCACCCUUCAAGAAGACAUAAAAUUUGCUCCAACCUUUGAAGGUGAAGUGUCUUUAACUCUUGAAGAGGAAGCCAACAUUUCCGUUUCUCUGGAAAAAGAAAUAAAAAUUUCCCCAACCCUUGCUCUUCAAAAAGAAGCAAAUGUUUCUUUAAAUUUUGAAGAAGAGAACAUUGUUUCUCCAACGGUUGAUUUUGAAGAAAAUGUUUCCUCAGCCCAUGAAAGUAAUGCUGUCCCAACUGCUGUUUUUAAAGAUGAAGAAGCUAAUAUUACUUCUCAAACAUCCAAGUGGGAUCUGUUGACCAGCACAACUCAACCCCAAGAAUCUCGCAAUGAGUACAGCCAAAAAACCUCCACAGCAGCUUCAAGUUCUUCUCGAGGUACAAAGCCCACAAAGACGACCACUGUCGCCACCACAACCACAACCGCAGCUACCACCACCACCACCACCACACACCGGUCCAGACACACCUGGAGCCCAACCACCACCACCCCCAAAAUGUUGAUACCACCAGUGGGUCACGCUCUGGAAGAUGUUGACAUUACUUUCACCCAGCCGCCAACUCUGCUUAUCAUGCCCAAUGAGAGGGCAGCCGUAGGCGGUACUGGGAAAUCAUCAGAUGCCUGUUUGCUCAACCCCUGUCUUAACGGAGGCACCUGCACGGACAGAGGUGGUCACAUUAAAUGCCUCUGUUUGCCGACGUAUGAAGGAAACUUCUGUCAGGCCGACCGGGAGCGAUGUGAACCGGGCUGGGAUAAAUUUCACGGUUUCUGCUAUCGUCACUUCAGCCAGCGUCUGAGCUGGGAGGCUGCAGAGCAGCAUUGCCGCAUGAUGGGAGCUCACCUGGUGUCCAUAAUAACCCCUGAAGAACAGGCUUACAUCAACAACAACUACAAGGAAUACCAGUGGACCGGUCUGAAUGACAAGACCAUUGAGAAUGAUUUCCACUGGUCUGAUGGGAACCCACUGCUUUAUGAGAAUUGGUACAGGGGUCAGCCAGACAGCUACUUUCUCUCCGGAGAGGACUGUGUGGUGAUGGUGUGGCACGAUAACGGACGCUGGAGCGAUGUGCCCUGCAACUAUCACCUUUCAUACACCUGCAAGAAAGGCACCUCCUCCUGUGGACCACCACCAAGGGUCAGAAAUGCCUCCAUAUAUGGAAAAGCUCGACAGACUUACGAGACCAACGCCGUGGUGCGCUAUCGAUGCGCAGAGGGCUUCCAGCAGAGGUUUAACCCCCUGAUCAGGUGUCUGUCUGGAGGGUUCUGGGAGAGGCCGCAGAUCCUCUGCUUGACUGAAGACGGGGGCCUGCCGUCAAUGACCAACAACGAUUUUGCUGCAGCCGAAGAUGAUUUUGAGGCCACUAAAGCGACGCUGCAGUACUGGGACAUCAGGUUCUAAAAGUCAGCUGUGCUCUUCUUGUCUUGCUUUCUCAAACUUUGUUACUGUAACGUGACAGGGUGUAAAGAAUCAGGUGCUUUUUACCAAUGAACCAAUCAAAACAGGAUAAAAAAAACCCCACAGACGCACAAAAAGACACAAAGCAAAACUUCCCACCAGCCAAUGAGAACAAGACUGAGUGCACAGGCAGGGAGAUGAAACGCCCUAUUUCUUGUCCUUUGUAAUAUUUUCUACCGUGUUUGGAUAAGUAUGCUUUAAAUAGUUAGCAAAAAAAAAAUCAAAAAUUCUCCCAGUGAUUCCCUGUUAAAUCCCUUUGACUGAAAAGAAAUAAAUGUGUGAACUGUUUGUUACCAGGUCAGCUCUAAAUCUAUUUUUUCUCAUUGUUAUAUCAAGAACCUUUUUAACAAAAUGGUGCUAAAGUCUUUGAGACAUUUGUAAAGUAUCCAGUAGAAAUGUUUUGCUGUUCUUUGUGUCGUCUUCCUUCUUUGUCAAAGAUUCCUAAAACUCCAAAGUGAACCUUCAACAAACGCUCAAUAAAUACUGUACAUAGAUUCCUUUUCAAAUGAUGUCCGCAUUUUCCAGAGAGAAACUUUUCGUGUCCGGCAGACGCAGUUUUGUUCGUCAGCUUUAUGUUGUAAUAAAGUUUUGUAGAACAGAGCAAAGAAUAAAGCUUUCUCCUAUUUCACCUUCA